ACUCAAAACAAGCUGCUUAUUCUGAAGAGGAUGAUAAAGGAAAAGAAAAGACUACAAAUAGCAGAAAGCAUAGGAAGAAGUCUCAGAGUAGUGAAAGAAAUUACAGAUGCUAUAAAUCACUUAAAUCUGCAGACAGAAACCCAGAUGUUCCUGUUCUUACAAACAGAAGAGGGAUAUAUACUCCCUUCUUACCAUUGUUCCCUUAUAUCUUAUAUAUGGGAACAUCCCAAAUCUGGAAGUAAACUGAAUCUUCAACAUUAUUAACCCCUAGUAGUAACUACUUGGAUGAUAGAUCCACACAUGAGAGAGACCAACAUGACCGAAGAUAUGUUGAGGAAUAUCGAAAUGACUUCUGUGACAUAGAUGACCAUGAGCAUUGUCACAGACAUUAUGAAAAGAGCCAUUGCCAUCAUUAUAGUAAAUCAUCUUGUCAAAGUGGGAAAAAGAAUCAUAAACGAAAGCAUAAGAAACACAAUUCCAGCUACAGUUCACAUCCGGUAUGUAUGAUUUAAAUAAUAAAUAUAUUAUUGUUUUUAGGCUACUUCAAGGAAUAUUAGAUUCUCUGGAUAUAAAUGUUUGAAGAUUUGAUAUGAAGUCUACAUUUUAUUUUUAUUAUUUCUGUGUAUGUAUGCAUGUGGAUUCUACUAUAGUGAAUGGUAUUAACUGUAUUGAGUUUUCAUUUGGCUUAAUUUGUCAAAAACUUUAGAAAACUCAAAUUACUUUGUUGCCUCUUAACUCGCAGCUCAAAAAAUAAAAAUAGCUGAUUUGCCUUUACUUGAAUUAGCCUUACAGCAUGGUGAAGCAAUCUUGUCUAGUGUGUUCCUUAUUCUUCAAAAUGGAUCUGUUUCAGGGGAAUUAGUUCAUUAAUAUAUCUGUAAUGAAUUCAUCAUGUUACUGUAAAACAGUUUCAAGGAAAUAUUAGGUAUGGAAUGAUUUUAUUAUUAUCAGAGAAUGAAUCAUUUCAAUAGUUAGCAAGAUCUGAAUAUUUUACAAAAAAUAAAAGUACUUUUAUUGUAUACAUUCAAAUUUAAAAAUGUUGAGAUGCAAGAUUUUGCUCUUGCAGAUGUAUAUCACCAGAAUACUAGACAGAAUUUUACGAAUUUUAUUAAUAUUUUUCUCUUUAGCUGGUCCAAUUAUGGAAAAUAGUUGCAUGAAUAACCUGUUGAUAAAUAUUAAUCAAAUUAUACGUUUUUUAAAAAAAAAUCGAGAUCAGAUCUGUUUUAUAAAGAUAAAAAUGACAAAAAUUGUUUUUGACUAGCAGAAGUAAUUUAGAUUAUAAUUUUAAUUUCAAUCUUCUGUUAAUGUAAAAUUUAAGAGACAAAAUUGUGUUGUGUUUCUGUUGUCUUACAACUUUAAGUAUUUAUCUGAAAAUCUGUUCCUUGCCAUGUUUUUCUUCUGUAACAUAAACUGUGCCCUGUGAAUUUCUGGGGACUGAAUUUGAAAUUGCUCCUGCCAACUGUUCGUGGCCUGGUGUGUAACUGAAUGCCUGAAUAUCCCGCUGAAUGAAUUGCGUAAUCUACCCCGAAUUCACUCUGAUAUAUUGAUUGGCUGGACGAUCUUGGUGCCGUUUCCAGAAGAGACACCGAAGGAAAAGAUCCAGGAGUGUAGAGGAGGAGGGUCACCUGAUCUGUCAAAGUGGAGACGUACUAAGAGCAAGAUAUGAGGUUAUUGCUACUUUAGGGGAAGGCGCUUUUGGGAAAGUUGUAGAAUGCAUUGAUCAUGACAUGUAUGUAUCCUGUUUUCUCAAAAGUAUUACCAAAUGAAAUGUGUUUAUAUGACGGUAGAAAUCCUUCUGCACAUGUUAUUAAUUUAAGCAAAUCAAACGUCAGAAAAAUAGUUCAAAAAUAAUUAUAUGGUAGCCAAUUAUAAUUAAUUUUUUCUGUAUCUUCUGCACUCAAAGUGUAAACCUAGCAUGAUAACGAAAGUUUUGCAGUCCAAACCCUAGCUCAGAAAAGUCUUAACAAUGCAACAUGCCAACUCCAAGCUACAUUAAACCCAUUCUCUUUACUUUUAUCUUGACACAUGCAACCAAGAAUACUAGGCUAUAAUAACAAAUUAAACUUAAAAAAACCAUAAUGAGGCAAACAUGACAAAAGGUCAGGUAUUUGUUAAGAGGCCUUAACAAAUACCUUGCAGUCUAGGCUAUGGGACUAUGAGGUUCUAGCCUAUUGUCAGACAAUCCUUUCUUGUGGCUGGCUGCUUGGAGAAGUAAGGGCAUUGCAAAGAGAAUGCCCCUGCCCCACCCACUGUUUCUUUCUGGUGUGCUUGCUCUGUAGCUUCCAUGAAAUUGCUCUUGAAGCAAUUUCCGUAGAAAAAAAGACAUAUUCUUCUAAUGAGAACUGGAGUUUUUGUUGAAUUCAAUUUUAAAUGUUGCGCUUUGUAUUUUCAAGCUUAGGGAUUUGAUAUUUUUAUUUGCUAUUAUUAAAUGUAUAUGCCGCCAAACUCAUCUUCAUUGAACCCUUUUACUGAUUGUUUUAAUAGGAUAUUGGAUUAUAUGUUUAUCGUCUUGGUGUUUUGGUGAUUGUAAGGAAGGUGUUUACUCUGUUGUGUAAAGAAUUCUAUUUACUACUAGUAUUUCAUAUUUUGUUUUUAUUAUUUUGAAUUUAUUGUUAGGAUCAUUGAAGGGGAUGUUAAAAAUAAUAACUUCUACUAAGUUGCCACUUUGUUUCCUGGCAUCUCCUUCUAUUUUCGAAGAGAAAAUUGCUAGAUAGGAAAGAGAAAAUAUUAUAUGGUCUCAUGGUUGCAAGAUAUGGAGACAGUGUUAACUUAUUUUUCUUUUGCCUGAAGCUCCAUAGAAUACUGCUCAGAUGCUUUAGGAGACUCUGGUUCAUCAUGGGAAAUAAUGCCGACAAUUACAAAAUUGGUAAAAAAAAAAAAAACUCCUCGUCAGCUCUUGACUCUGGGGGUCUUGUCUUGAUCAGUAUGUAAUCAUUCUUAUAUUAUCCUGGUAGGGUUUGAUGGUGAUAUGUACAAUAUGACCAGACUGUAAUACCAGAAAAGGUUUCAAAUAUUAUUUACAUAUAAAAAAAGAAUGUUCUAAAGUUAUACUUUCAUUAACUGUUGCAUAACAUUUUAAUAUUUCUAAAUCAGGACAUGUAAUCCCAUCUAUCAGUAUCAAGUAUCAGAUAAUAAAGAUUACAGCUGAUUUUUUUCUUAUAUGCUUGAAAAAGGCUGAAGUUAAAUUGCAGUAUUUUAUUUUAUUUCUCAGGAGAGAGAUGCAUGUAGCUAUAAAAAUUGUAAAAAGUGUUGGUAGAUAUCGAGAAGCAGCUCAUUCAGAAAUACAAGUAUUGGAGCAUUUAAAUACCUUGGAUCCUAAUAGUACAUUUCGUUGUGUCCAGAUGUUGGAAUGGUUUGAACAUCAUGGUCAUGUCUGCAUUGUAUUUGAACUGCUGGGACUCAGUACUUACGAUUUUAUUAAAGAAAAUAGUUUUUUGCCAUUUUCUAUUGAACUGAUUAGGAAGAUGGCUUUUCAGAUUUGUCAAUCCAUAAACUUCUUGCAUCACAAUAAGUUGACUCAUACAGAUCUAAAACCUGAAAAUAUUUUAUUUGUAGAGUCUGAUUAUGUAGUAAAGUACAAUUCUAAAAUGAGGCGAGAUGAACGCACCCUGAAAAACACAGAUAUUAAAGUUGUAGACUUUGGUAGUGCAACAUACGAUAAUGAACAUCACAGCACUUUAGUCUCUACACGUCAUUAUAGAGCUCCUGAAGUUAUACUUGCACUUGGUUGGUCACAGCCCUGUGAUGUCUGGAGUAUAGGCUGCAUUUUGAUUGAAUAUUAUCUUGGUUUCACUGUCUUCCAGACACAUGACAGUAAAGAACACCUGGCAAUGAUGGAGAGGAUACUUGGGCCUUUACCAGCACACAUGAUUAGAAAAUCACGGAAAUGUUAUUUUCAUCAUAACCAACUGGACUGGGAUGAACAUAGCUCUGCAGGCCGUUAUGUUAGGAGACGAUGCAAACCACUAAAGGAAUUUAUGCAUUGUCAUGAUAAAGACCAUGAGAAUCUUUUUGAUCUCAUCCGCAGGAUGUUAGAAUAUGAUCCAGCCAACAGAAUAACUUUAGAUGAAGCCUUGGAGCAUCGCUUCUUUGAUUUCCUAAAAGAUAGAUAGCUUUUCCUGUCUUCCUUUAAGGAGAUGAUAAGGACAAGGUCUGUCAACAUCUGUUGUGAGAUGUUGUAAAUAAUAAAUUAAUUUGUACAGUUGUUUCUGUAAAUAUAAGCAUUACGUGUCUAUACUGAUGCUCCUGUAUUAUUUGGUUGAGCAGUUACAGCUGAUCAUGGAUGUUAUCAUGUAAACAUGUUUGCAUGCCAAAGUAUAUAAAUUUUUGCUUGUUGAUCAUU